AUGGCUUAUUUCGACGUCUCGCUGGACAUAGAGGGCGCCUUCGAUAGCGCUUGGUGGCCGGCUAUUAAAGUCAGACUGGCUGAGGAAAAGUGCCCUGUAAACAUCCGCAGAAUUAUUGACAGCUAUCUUCGGGAUCGGAAGGUGAGGGUGAGAUACGCCGGAGCUGAACACAUGCGGAACACCACCAAAGGCUGUGUUCAAGGCUCCAUCGGGGGUCCCAUCCUAUGGAACCUCUUGUUGGAUCCACUACUGCGGGGCCUCGAAGAACGGGGGGAACAUUGUCAAGCGUUUGCUGACGAUGUUGUCCUCGUCUUCGAAGGCAACACGGGGUUGGAGAUCUCGUUGCGGGCCAAUGCCGCUCUCGCCUAUGUGCAGGAGUGGGGAGUCAGAAACAAGUUAAGGUUUGCACCACACAAGACAAAGGCGAUGGUGCUGACCCGAAAACUGAAGUACGACUCCCCACGCCUGAACAUGGGCGGGACCGGCGUUGACCUGUCCGGCGAAAUAAAAAUCCUGGGGCUCACGAUAGACAGCAACCUGACCUUCAAUUCUCAUGUGAAAAACACUUGCAUGAGAGUUGAAGGCCUGUACAAGCAACUGUCGAGAGCCGCCAGGGUUAGUUGGGGUCUCCACCCCCAAGUUAUAAAAACUAUUUAUACCGCAGUGGUGGAGCCAAUAGUCUUGUACGCCGCCAGUGCCUGGGCGCCCGCUGCCAGGAAGCUCGGGGUGCGGAAGCGUUUGAGCGCGCUUCAGAGAGGCUUCGCCCAGAAAAUCACCAAGUCGUACCGCACUGUCUCUCUGAACUCCGCCAUGGCACUCGCUGGGAUACUCCCCUUGGAUCUCCGAAUCCGUGAGGCCGCGUACUUAUACGAGGCCAAAAGGGGAGUGUCGCAGCGACUGCUAGGAGACAGAGAGAUGGACGGGAGAGUGCCGUAUUGCGCAAGGCCGCAUCCGGCGGAGGGGCUCUGCCUGCGGUUUACCAGCCUGGUUGACCGAGAAGAUCUUGAGCGUAAUAACGCUCAAGCAGUGCGCAUCUUUACCGAUGGCAGCAAAAUUGAUGGUAAGGUUGGAGCCUCGAUCUCCAUAUGGAAUCGCGAGGCGGAAACCAAAGCCGUUAAGCUAAGGUUGAGUGCGCACUGCUCGGUCUAUCAGGCUGAGCUUCUUGCCCUGGACAGAGCUGUCUCUCUCGCGACGAGACGCCCGGAAGCCUCCAUCGGCAUAUACACCGACUCGAGAUCCUCGCUCGAGUCGGUGGUCGGGCGAAACUCCUUCCACCCCCUCGUAAAUAACAUCCGCGACAACCUGAAGGUAUGUCACACCCAGAACAAGGAACUUUCCCUGUUCUGGGUGAAAGCGCACGCGGGGCUGGAAGGAAACGAAAGAGCCGAUGAGCUCGCGAGAGAGGCGGCUCUGGGGUUAAAGAGGAAACCGGACUAUGACCGAUGCCCGGUGUCAUUCGUCAAACGACUACUCCGGGAGGAGUCGCUGGACGAAUGGGACCGGAGGUAUAAGUCCGAAGAAACCGCGGGCACAACAAAAGCCUUUCUGCCGGAUGUACGCUUUGCCCACAAAGUGGUCAAAAACAUCGACCUCAAUGCGGUGCUCACCCAGGUGCUGACUGGUCAUGGGGGUUUCGCGGAGUACCUGCAUAGAUUCAAGCGCAAACAGGAUCCGGGGUGCGUGUGUGAUGGCGGCUCAUCAGAAUCGAUUUUGCAUCUUCUGAUGGACUGCCCUCAACAUGACGCGGCCCGAGAGGACCUUCAACAGGAGUUGCGCUUGAGGCUGUGCAGGGGCUCCGUACCCUCCAUUCUGGGUGGAGCCUCUAGCCGAGAGGCGCUGCUCAACUUCGCUAGCAGAGUGGCACGGGCAGUAACCAUCGAGUUCAAGAGUGCAGAAAAUCUGGAACUUGCAGAAUCCACAAUUGCAGAAAACGGUAUCAUUCACUUCUGCAUCCAGAUCAGGAGAGCCAGAGUAGAGCAACCAGUUCAACAGCAAGAGAACCAGUUGAGAGUGCUAGAAUUACAACUAGUGCUGAACCAAUAG